ACCUCCAAGCUGCUGCUGCUGCUAAGGCCGUUUCUCCCCUCCCCGCUCCCAGGGCUUGUUGCCAGGACGACCUUGACACUAGUUCCGAACGGUUGCUAUGGAGAUUUCCAAACUGUAGCUGCUUCAGGUUCCCUUCCUCCCCGCCUCACAGCACCACAAAUUCCCAGGGUGCCUCACACUCAGCAUAGAUAGGCCUGUUGCACUGCUGGGAGUGGUGUGGUCAAGGUAGCCCGGCUGGUGACCCUUUCCAUCAAUGAUGUCAGGAGGUGAGUAAUCGUGUCUGAAGGUGUCUUAACCCCUAAGUGGGGCUGGUUCUCUGUGUGUUAUAUUUACAGGUACAUUUUGUUGUUGUUUAGUCAUUUAGCCGUGUCCGACUCUUCGUGACCCCAUGGACCAGAGCACGCCAGGCCCUCCUGUCUUCCACUGCCUCCCGCAGUUUGGUCAAACUCAUGUUGGCAGCUUCGAGAACACUGUCCAACCAUCUCGUCCUCUGUUGUCCCCUUCGCCUUGUGCCCUCAAUCUUCCCCAACAUCAGGGUCUUUUCCAGGGAGUCUUCUCUUCUCAUGAGGUGGCCAAAGUAUUGGAGCCUCAGCUUCAGGAUCUGUCCUUCCAGUGAGCGCUCAGGGCUGAUUUCCUUCAGAAUGGAUAGGUUUGAUCUUCUUGCAGUCCAUGGGACUCUCAAGAGUCUCCUCCAGCACCAUAAUUCAAAAGCAUCAAUUCUUCGGCGAUCAGCCUUCUUUAUUGUCCAGCUCUCACUUCCAUACAUCACUACUGGGAAAACCAUAGCUUUAACUAUACGGACCUUUGUCGGCAAGGUGAUGUCUCUGCUUUUUAAGAUGCUGUCUGGGUUUGUCAUCGCUUUUCUCUGAAGAAGCAGACGUAUUUUAAUUUCGUGACUGCUGUCACCAUCUGCAGUGAUCAUGGAGCCCAAGAAAGUAAAAUCUCUCACUGCCUCCAUUUCUUCCCCUUCUAUUUGCCAGGAAGUGAUGGGACCAGUGGCCAUGAUCUUGGGUUUUUUUGAUGUUGAGCUUCAGACCAUAUUUUGCUCUCUCCUCUUUCACCCUCAUUAAGAGGUUUUUUAAUUUCUCCUUACUUUCUACCAUCAAAGUUGUGUCAUCUGCAUAUCUGAGGUUGUUGAUAUUUCUUCCAGCAAUCUUCAUUCCGGCUUGGGAUUCAUCCAGUCCAGCCUUUUGCAUGAUGAAUUCUAUAUAGACACCCACAACUAUAUCUGUGUAGGAUUGGCUUUUGGGGAGGAGGAGAAAUUCAGCAGGUGGAAAACUUCCUUUAUCAUCAUUAUGGGCACUCCAGGUACUCUCCUGCGCCAAUUGCUCUUAAUAAUUUGUUAGAUCUUAUUUGCUUUCCAUUAUAAAUAUUAAACAAGUUUGCAUGUAAGAGCUAAUGCCCAAAACUAGCUGAACUUGAAAAUUAGAAUCCUUUUGAUUGACUGUGCAUUGUAUUAUAGGGCUAUUAUUAUUAUUAAUUUCUAUCCCACUUUAUAUUUUUAAGGAAAAAAACCUCAAAGCGGUUUACAACCUACAUUAAAAUGUCAAAUAAAACAAUCCACAGUACAGAAGAAAGUCAAAUAUAAAGCAUACAUUUGAAGCAAUGCAAUUAAUGGGAAACAAAAAUGUUGUUUUGAAGAUUUCAAAAGAAAACAUUACAAAGGAGAUCAAGUGCAAAAUGCACAUUUAACACAGCAAAGUUAACAAACAAAAUUAAUAAUAACAUUUCAAAAGAAAACAUUACUAAAGAAAGUAAAAUAUAAAAUGCACAUUUAAAAUGGCAUAAUUAACAAGAGACUAAGAAUAUCUCAGGCAUAGAACGUAUCUGCUGCUGUUGCUGCUGAUCUUGCAAAUCAUGGUUCAUGAUGGGCAGCAGCUGUGGAAUUUUAAGAAAGUGUCAUGGGCGCCAGUCACAAUAUGGCUGCCAUGGGAGCAUCAGAUAGCACAAAAUGGCUGAGACAGGACUACAAAAUGGUGGAGGCAUGUCAACCUACACCAACCACUGCUGCAUUUGCUCAGAGAACAGGUCUUGCAAUGUUCCUCUGUUCAGAGGAGAAAGGAAGAUGGUUGUUCAGUCUUGCCAACCAAUGGAGGGCUGAUGUCAGUUUUUCUGGUUCUUUUUUUAAUGAGAAUAUGCAGGCAUAACUAAUCAAUGUUAAGUGUCUAAAUAUACAAAUAUGCACUCAGUCUCUUCCUUAAAACCAUAUGAAUGUAGUCAGAGCCUUGAUGGAUGACAUCAAAGUCCACGUAAGCUUCCUUAGCAGAAUCCCAGCAACCAGCAGGUGCCAGGUGAUCCACUAAAAAAGGACUAGUCCCAACACUGAACUACAAAUUAUGUUCUGGUCAUCCCUGCAUAGCAUUUCCAUGUGUCCUUGUUUUCCAGGACACGUCCUCUUUUUCAUGGGUAGAGUCGUCAUAGCGAGCCAUAGUUAAAUGUAGAAGUCGGCAGAUGCGUCCUCUUUUGUGCUCUUCAAAAUAAGGCAACCCUAGAGCAUCAUGAAGUCAAUGAAUAGGAGGCGAUUUGAGCCUUUAGAAGACAUGCUUAUUUUUUUAUUACUACCCUUGGUCUAAUAUGACACUUCAAGUGAAUUGUUAGCUAAACAUCACCUAGCUUUGCAAUCUAAAGGGAAUUCCAGUGGUUUUGCUUUCAGAUAACUCACAGAAGUUAUCUCCCCAUAGGAGGAGUGAGUAUGACGAAAUCCCUCAUUGCUCAGAGGAACCUGAACUUUCCAGUGGAAAAAGAGUCCCCAGAGAGUAUGUGAGUAUCUUAUGGAUGUUUAAGCUGGCAUUAAGCUUUCAUUCUGAUGGUAAUAAUAUUCAGGGCUGGAAGGAGAGGAGCUGUGGGGCUGAUUUCUGAUAAACUUCUCUUCCUUUUAGAUCCCAAGCCUUGACUUCUCUUCAUACCCUCCGGCUAGACAGAGAGAGAAUUAGCUGCAUCGCAAAUCUGCAAGGAUUAGAGCAGGUCCACAGCCUCUACCUGCAACAGGUAAAAUAUGUCACUACACCAUUAAAUGCCAUGAUACAACAACAUUCUCUUGAAAAGAUGGGGCUCUGUCAAAGCCUGGUCAGUUAGUGUAGAAGCAUCCCAGGAGAAAGGUAUCAGCCCAAGUUCAAGGACUUUGUGAAAAACUUUGGUUGUGUGUUGAAGGAGUAUUGAACCAGGAACACAGGCAGAAAAAAAGUGUUUGUGUGUGGGCUCCAUUAUUCAGAGGCUCUGAAGCUGAUUAAUGUUAAUUUCAUUUUAGAACCAAAUAGAGAAAAUUGAGAACUUGAGCUGCUUUCCAGACUUGACGUAAGUGAUAUUACUUGUUUCCCCAACAUUAUACAGUGAUUUUUCCGGUUUUUGAAUGAUUUUCAGAAGCUGAACAUCUGGCGCAGCUUCCAUGGCUUCCGAUUGGCUUCAGGAAGCUACUGCAGCCAAUCAGAAGUUGCACCUUGGAAGUCAAACAUUUUGGAAGUCGAACAGACUUCUGGAACGGAUUCCGUUCGACUUCCAAGGUAUGUCUGUAUCUACAGUAUCUAUCUACCUACCAACCUCCCUACCUCUAAAAGGACAUUUUGUGUGGAAGUUAGAGAAUUUCAACUGCUUCUAAAUCAAGCCAACUGAGGAGUCAAUAUUUUGUUCAAGUAGUGGGUCCUGAAGGAGGAAUAGGAAGUAGUUCAAUGAACAGAGCAGGGAAGGCUGUGAUGCAUAGGAGGAUCAUGGCAGAAGACAACCAGGAGCAGAGUCGGAGGGGACAAGGCAGCCAACCAAAGAUGAGUUAGAGGAUCCACACCAUACAUGUAAAGUACACCCAAAUCUCAUUUAAAGCACAUGACUUCCACCAAAGGAUCAUGGGAAGUACAGUUCCCCUUCCUAUUUAAAUAACAUUCAAUGCACAUUUAAAGCACUUGGCUUCUCCAAAAUGUGCAUUAAAUGUUCUUUAAAUGUAUGGCGUGGACCUGCCCAGAGAGGUAAGCGGUAUUAUUCCCACCAUGUAGAGAAUAUAGGCUAAAGGCCUUCUCUCUGGUGUGCUGGUUUUCGUUGUGAGGGGAUAUUUUUAUGCUUCCAUCAUCAGGAGCAAAGGUACAGGGAGUUUUAAUUGUGAGGAGCAGAAGUGCAUUGCUAAUUUUAAACCAAUGCAGGGGGAUAAAGGAUAGUGAAGGGAAAAGAGGCUGACUGCAUCUGGCUCUGAGAGUUGCAUCACAACUCAUUCCUGCUGCCCAGUGAGAAGUAAAUCACGACUUCAGUGUGCAGUUCCCCUUCUAGAGAAGGCAGAGUUAUCUUUGGUCUCCUGGAUCUCACCACCUCCUCCUAUUGUGUUCUCACGCAACUGCAGUUUUCUGACACUAGCCGGGAACCGCAUUAGCCAAGUGGAGAACCUCCAUACUCUCCCAAAGCUGCAGUUUCUGGAUCUCUCACAGAACCGCAUUGAAACACUGGACACAGGUACAGCUUUUCCUACACUCAGCUUCACCACCUGCAAUACUCUCUUGUGGACUAUCAAGUCCCCUGGGAUCCAUUGUGGAAAACAACUCACCCAUCCGCCUACUCUGGUGGGUAUUAAGACUAAAUCAAACUGGCCGGCUGCUUAUCCAGCCAAUUUGACUAAUAAAACACUGGGCUAGGAGUACUCUGUGCAUAAGUAACAAAACAAAACAAAACCCCUCUUGAAAUCCAGUACCCGCCAACUCAAAUUCUCUUGUGCAGGUGAAUUUCCCACUGGGUUGACAAAUCAGAUCUGUUUGCCACCCUUAUUUUAGCCUCAGAAGCUAGUACAGUGGUACUUUGGUUCUCAAACUUAAUCCGUUCCAGAAGUCCACUCGACUCUCAGAACGUUCAGAAAUCAAGGCACGGCUUCCAAUUGGCUGCAGGUGCUUUCUGAACUCAAGUGGAAGCCACAUUGGAUGUUUGGCUUCCGAAAAAAUGUUCAAAACAUACUUACUUCUGGGAUUUUGGUGGUCAGGAGCUGAUUUGUUCAUCAACUAAGCCAUUGGAGAACCAAGGUUUGACUGUACCAGAAAGGCAGCUGCCCCAUGUAAAAAAAGGAGCUCAUCCCCCAUUUUUUGCUUCAUGUGCUAAACUUGAAUAAUCCUGUAUCCAGUUUGCAUUUAUUCCCAUCAGCUUCCCCGAUUCUGCCUAACUUUCUGCACAGAUGAGCUGCCCCGGAGCCUUGUGAUCCUUGACCUGACAGGAAACGAAUGCACUAAGCAGAACAACUACAGGUAACGCCAAGAAUCGAUCCACGCUUCUGCAUAAUAUCCCACCCAAUAGCUUUAGGCAUGUGCAUCAUGCCCAUGUAGAACCUACAGGUGAGGGAUGAAGAGUGCAACGCUCCCAUCCGGUUCCCUGUGUUGGCAUACCUGCCCCAUCUCUGGGACCUGCCUGCCUGUUGCCUGGGCAUCCUGCAGGAAUGGAGGUUUCUAUGCACAGUACCAUAGGAAAAACUCAAGGGAAGGAUCAGAAUGGAUGGGAGAUGUGGGAAGUGGUGGCAGGGCUUUUGAAGCAACAACAGCAUGGCUUCUAGCAGCUAUUGGGGGGGGGCGGGGAGGCCUCUGUGUCUGAUUCUUCAUUCAAGUGCCAAAGAAAUGGGUGCAUCUAGGAAGUUUGCCUCUCCUUUAGCAACUGUUCCCACCUCACUAGGGGGCUGCCAUGGGCUUUGAAGAUGUUUUGUUUGAUGCCCAGCUUGAGAACUCUUGCUUCCUUCUGCCAUCCCAAGGGAGCGCGUGUUGGCAGCUCUGCCCCAUCUGAAAGAACUGGAUACGCAGGGUGUUUGGAAAGACACCGUCCAAACUGAAGAAGAGGAGGAGGACAGUUCAGAAGACAGCGACGAGGAUUGGUCUGAUCUCGCUAUACCUCUGAGCGUAGAAAAAGGUACCCCCAGUUUCCAGGCCAGGUUUUAGGUGUUAGGAACAUCAGGGACCAAGGACCUGCUUUGCGUGGUGCCUCUUCCACGCGAGGUCUGGAGGGUGGCAACAGAAGAACGGGCCUUUUCUUAGUUGGAAAUAACUUGCAGAUAACUACAGUGGUACCUCGGGUUACAUACGCUUCAGGUUACAGACUCCGCUAACCCAGAAAUAGUGCUUCAGGUUAAGAACUUUGCUUCAGGAUGAGAACAGAAAUUGGGUGGCGGCGGCACAGCGGCAGUGGGAGGCCCCAUUAGCUAAAGUGGUACCUCAGGUUAAGAACAGUUUCAGGUUAAGAACAGACCUCCAGAACGAAUUAAGUACUUAACCCAAGGUACCACUGAAUGUCACUUCUCUCUGUUAUGGAACUAUAUGUAGCAUUCCCAGAGGGUCUUCCCAUUUAUAGACUGACCUGACCAAGCACUCCAUAGCUUCAGCAGAGCAGCUGCCUCAUAUCCCUGGGAUAAUUAAGUGCAGGAAAUUUGAGUGACUCUCCAACUUCCUGCCUGAGCUGGUUCCGAGGCCAAAAGGGCAGUCGUUCCAGUGACGCACACUAGUCAAAAACUUGUGGGGGUUCCACUAGUCAUCUCCACAUAAAGGAACACUCUGUGCCCAUUCUAGAGGCAGCAGCUGCUGACACAGAGCUUCCCACGCCUCUCGAGCAAGUGUCUUCCGGAUGAUGCAGACUCCAUGUAAUUGCAAAUAAUUCAUAUUAUUUUGGCCAAGAGUGCACACACUGUUGCCCUUAAAAAAAUUAAAACCCCCUGGGAAGUCAUAGAUUCUCGUUGCACAUUUGCUGAGAAUGGACAGUAGGAAAAGGAAUUGUCGGGGAGGCGUUUCUCUAGCGCCAGACACAGCGGGCCUGCUUUUUUACUUAUAUCCUCUUCAUUUGGCAGACUUCUUUGCUGACCUCCGUGAGGAGUUAGGCGCCCACUCAGCCCAGCGGAGGGAGGAGGAAGCGAGGGAAUAUGAAGACCGCUUGGAGGAGCUGAGGCAGAUGCAGAAUCUGAGAGCGCUGGUGUUCAACACAAGUGAAAGGCCGCCCUGGCCAUUCGGUGUACUGGAAAUAAUAUCCGCAGCCCCAGAGGGGAGCGUGCUCCAAAGUGAAUAUCCCCACCACCCUCCUUCCAACCUUUCAAAAACGGCAAACCCAACACCCAAAAAGGGGCCAAGAGCCCCAAAGGGGAAGGCUGGCGGCUCAAGUCCAACACAGCUGAAAGCUUCAAAGGGAGAGGGGUCUGGUGUAAUGAAAACCACAAGCAAAGGUGUAAAGAAAUGAUUAGUGCAUCCUUUUGCUUUUCGUUUUUAAUUUUUGCUUUAUUCUGUCAAACAAAUACAAUACUUCCUUGAAUCUAAUCAGCAGAUGGGUUGUUAUCCAUCUUUUAAGUGUGGAGGGGCAUGGCAAGGAGGCAGAAAACUGACAAAGGCCCUCUGCUGAAACCUGUAGGCAGUACUUCCUCUAAGUGAAGGCUGCAAGCGGCGAGGCCAGUUGCAGGUUUACUCAGGCCAAUGGGGCUUGCUCCUUCCUAAGGACAUGCAGGAAGGCUUUUUUGUGCCUGUUGAAAUUCUGACCUGCUUGAUGAAAACCGGCUUACCUGUGAAAACUAUUCCUGGGAAGUAUAGAGUUAUGAGGCCACUCAUAAUUCCUUGUUAGGAGUUUGGAGCUGCCCAAAACUUGGCGAGGAAACAAAAUAACGAUGCAGGUCUGAAACCUUGCAUAUGCCUUUUAAAGGCAAUUUGCGUCAUCUCCCCAGUGUAUUUGUGCUAUAUGCAGGUUCAGAUUAAUCAUAGAAUUGCACCAUCAAACCUCUGAAAUGCUUGGGAUGGGAUAUUUGUUUAGAAGGCAGCUCCAUCCCAAAUCAUCUCAGCAACUGAGAACAGUGGUAAGGCUGAGGAUACAGAGCUC